AUGAAUGAUACUACUUAUAAUAUUACAGUAGAUUAUCAUAAAGAGGAUUUAAGAACAAUCACUACACAUUCUACUAUCAAUGUAAAUUCUAAGAAAAUAACAGAAUUUCAUAUGAAUUCAUGGACAUCAUUAUCAACAUCAUUAUCAACACCAUAUAUAUCACGUAUAGAAGAUAGUGAAACACACCAAGUUUAUAGAUCAUUCUCAGCAUCAGUUGAUAUAACUCAUACAAAAACUGGACAAGCUACAUUGAAACAUCAACAACUAUUAAUAAAACAUCCAGCUGAAAGAACUGAACAUAAACGAUUGUCCUAUGGUGGUAUCGUCAGUCUUUCUAUACUGGGGGUCACUUUUGGUUUAUUAUUGCUAAUUUGGUUUUGUAAACGUUGUUUAUUGAAAAAACGUCGAUCAAAAAAAGAUGGUAAAAAAAUGUCAUUAGCUGGUGGAAAAUUAGCAGCGGAUUUAAAAACAGCAGCUCAUUUAUCAGAAGCAUUAAAAAGUCAAGAUAAGGUUGCAUUGAAAACCGACAUGGAAAUGAAUGAACAAGAACAAGCGGGUGAUCAUGAAAAGGAGAAACAAUAUUUUGGAAAAUUACAAUUUUCAUUAGAUUAUGAUUUUCAAAAAGCUGAGUUAACGGUUGGUGUAAUUCAAGCUAAUGAUUUACCAGCUAUGGAUAUGUGUGGUACUUCUGAUCCUUAUGUAAAAGUUACUUUAUUACCGGAUAAAAAGAAAAAAUAUGAAACAAAAGUACAUCGGAAAAUUUUAAAUCCUGUAUUUAAUGAAACAUUUAUUUUCAAAAUUCCCUAUGCUGAAAUCAGUUCAAAAACGAUUUCGUUUACUGUUUAUGAUUUCGAUCGAUUUUCUAAACAUGAUCAGAUUGGACAAAUCAAAGUACCAUUGAGUACUGUAGAUUUAUGCAAUGUAAUUGAAGAAUGGCGUGACUUAAGUCCUCCAGAAGGGGAAGGUGAGAAGGAAAAUCGUCUAGGUGAUAUCUGCUUCUCAUUGCGUUAUGUUCCAACAUCUGGUCGAUUGAAUGUGAAUAUAUUAGAAGCUAAAAAUUUGAAAAAAAUGGAUGUCGGUGGACUUUCAGAUCCCUAUGUGAAACUUUCAUUAAUGUUUAAUGGUAAACGUAUUAAAAAAAAGAAGACAACAAUUAAGAAAUACACAUUAAAUCCUUAUUACAAUGAAUCAUUUGCAUUUGAUGUACCAUUUGAUCAAAUACAAAAAGUCAAUUUAAUUGUCACUGUUGUUGACUAUGAUCGUAUUGGAACCUCUGAACCAAUAGGUCGAAUUGUAUUAGGUUGUAAUGCAACAGGUGCAGCACUUCGUCAUUGGUCAGAUAUGUUAGCUAAUCCAAGACGUCCUAUAGCACAAUGGCAUACAUUACAAGAUAUGCCAGAAAAAAAUUGA